AUGGGUGGUGUCUCGUUGCCUUCUCUGCGGUGUAGUGGUUGCUCGUCGCCGUUUUUUUCCCCCGCGACGGAGUGGUUUCCCGUCGCCUUUUUUUUUUCCCCGCGACGGAGUGGUUUCCCGUCGCCUUUUUUUUCCCCCGCGACGGAGUGGUUUCCCGUCGCCUUUUUUUUUCCCCCGCGACGGAGUGGUUUCCGUCGCCUUUUUUUCCCCCGCGAUGGAGUGGUUUCCGUCGCCUUUUUCCCCCCGCGACGGAGUGGUUUCGUCGCCUUUUUUUUUUCCUCCGCGACGGAGUGGUUUCCCGUCGCCUUUUUUUUCCUCCGCGACGGAGUGGUUUCCCAUCCCCCUCCUCUCUCUCAUUACCUUCAACUCUCCCUAUCCUCUCUCCACCUUCCCCCUCCCUACCUUCCCAGGUUCUCUCUCUACCUUUUCUCUCCCCAGCACUUUCCUUCCUUUCCCCUCCAUCCCUUUUUCAUAAAUGCAUUACAUUGA